UCCCUCUUUGUUUUCUGUAGCAAUAAGUGCAUUAAAAAGACUUGCUCCCUUGCUUUCUCUCUGUCCAGUAGCAGUGUGUGGUAACCAUGGGAACGGGAUACUUCAUCGACCUCUUCAGCUUCUGUGUGCUGUCAGUCAUUGACUUGAGUCAGAGUAUGCUAGCCUUCAGGUUUAUCUGCUGAGGAAGCCACAUGGCCGGAUGUCUCUUUAAUAAUAAUGGUGGAUGGUUUCUUAGCCACCUUGUCACUAAGGUGAGAGAUGGAACACUGUGUCCCAUUUGGAAUGUUUAUGGCAGACCUGUAGUAAAACUGAUCGACCACUUUUGACAUGUUACAGUGACACCUGUUUUGGGUUCUUGAAGUCCCAGUCUCCUGACAUGAUUGUGUGAAUUGAUGCAGGUUCCCCCCCUUUCUGUUCACUGGUGCUUCAGUGCUGUGAGGCAGUCAACUGUCUUCAUGCCAGGGAAGCUAGAUGCAUCAUCGUUGAAAGGACAUUAACAGCCCUGGAAGUGUGUUUUAUCAGCAAUACUACAAGUCAAAGCAGACCUAGGGCCAAGGAGAGCUGCCCAUCUAUAUCCCAAAAACAAGUUACUCUGCAAUAUUCAUGAUUAAAACCACUCGGACUACAACAACUUUGUCUUGGAGGUUAGCCUCUGAAUUGCUGCCGUGAUCCCCACUACAGAAUCUCAGAGGGUGAACUUUGAGCCCUGCUUGAUGGUUCUUAAGACUGUGAAGAAUGCGUCUGAAUGAAAACCGGGUGUUGCCGCGGUGGUUUCCCACUUCUCUGAUUGACGAGGUCGCAGUGUGGAAUCUCCACGGGGUGAUUUUGCUGUAUGGUUCUGAUUGUAACUUUGUUUCAUCUUUUUGUUGUAGGUUUUAAAAGCUGAAAAAGGCUGGAGACAUUUUUGGGCACAGGCUGGUGCAGCGGCAUGCUGGCUAUGGAGUGGUGUCGGCUGCAGACUGGAUGACAGGCUGCACUGGGAGAGCUGAGGCACACGCGGGCGGGACACGGGCACUGUGCUGAGCCAGCGGGCAGUGCCGGUGUGGUGACAGACAGACAGGACGACCUAUUGGACGCCUCUCUUUUACCUCUCCAUACCCAGUCCCGCCCUCUCUUGGUUUCCUCUACGAUCCCAAACCCCCCUCCCCUCCCCUCCUUUCCCUCACCUUCCCCUCCUUCCCCCAACCCCACCCCCUCCCUGCCUUCCCUCCCUGUCCUCUUCCUCCUCCUCCUCCUCUCCUCCCUCUCUACUUCUACUGUCCCCUUCUCCCCUCUGACCCCUGACCCCUGACCCCUGGGGAGGACAGGAUGAGCUGGCUGAGCCGGCUGACCCCGCGGGGUCCCGGGAGCCGGACGGGCCGAAACGGCGCCCCCUCCUGUCCGGUCACGGCGGACCCCGAGACCUGCCUCAUGGUGUUUGAGAACCACUGGAGACAGGUGUCGUGGGUGCUGGAGCAGAGGGACCCUCCCGGCUCGGGGGCGGGCGAUGACCUGACGGCCGUGCGGAACCACACGGACCAGAUGAUGUGCCUGCUGGCGGAGGAGCGCCCGGGGGGCGGGGCCGGGGCCGGCGACGCCGCCGCCAUGGGCCCCAUCCUGGAGCUGGCGGUGACGGAGAACAUCCUGGACCGGCUGCUGCAGUGGCACCUGCGCCGCGGCCUGGACCCCGACAGCCAGGGGGCGCUGCUCAAGCUGUUUGAGAUGCUGAUCGGCCGCUCCCAGCAGCCCCUGCUCCGGCACAAGCCCGUGCUGCAGCCCCUGCUGAGGCUGCUGGCGGCCUGCGCGGACCCCCAGCUGGGCUGCCCCCCGCCGCUGGAGAGCAGCCUGGUGCUGCUGCUCAACCAGGUGUGCGCGUGCGUGGCCCGCCAGCCCGCCGUGCUGGAGCUGCUGCUCCGCGCCGGCCCCGCCCCCAGCCCCGCCCCUGGACCCCAGGGCCCCGCCCCCAUCCCCCAGGGCCCCACCAACCUGCUCAUCUUCUCCCUGCUGGUGCCCUUCAUUCACCGCGACGGGGCCAUUGGCCAGCAGGCCCGUGACGCCCUGCUGCUCGUCAUGGCAACCUCCGCCGACAACCAGGCCAUGGCGCGCUACAUCGCCGAGAACUCCUACUUCUGCCCGGUGCUGGCGACGGGCCUGAGCGCGCUCUACUCGUCUCUGCCGCGGAAGAUCGAGGUGCGCGGGGACGACUGGCACGCGCUGCGGCGGGAGGACUGGGUGGGCGUGUCCUCGCUGGUGCUCUUCAUGAACUCGCUGGAGUUCUGCAACGCGGUGGUGCAGGUGUCCCACCCGCUGGUGCGCGGCCAGCUGCUGGACUACGUGCACAACGGCUUCCUGGUGCCCGUGAUGGGCCCCGCCUUGCACAAGUCCUCGGUGGAGGAGAUGAUAGCCAGCACAGCGUACCUGGACCUGUUCCUGCGCAGCGUCACGGAAACCGCCCUGCUCAAGACCUUCCUGCGCUUCAUCCUCCUGCAUCGCCACGACAACGACACCAUCCUCAACACGCUGCUCACCCGCAUCAGCAGCAACUCCCGGCUGUGCAUGGUGUCCCUCAGCCUGUUCCGCACGCUGCUGGCCCUCAACUGCGAAGACCUCAUGCUGCAGCUCGUCCUCCGGUACCUGAUCCCCUGCACGCACGUCAUGCUGAGCCAGAGGCGUGCUGUGAAGGAGACGGACAUCUAUGGCAAGUCCGCCGAUCGGUUCCUCUCCCUUAUCCCUGAGUGCUGCCGCCUGGACACAGCGCCCUCUAGUGACCGGGAGGACGACCCUGCCUUCUGGGAUAAAGUUCCGGGGAGCCCCACCGCGGAGUCGCCCGUCCACCCCAAGCCCAGCACCCCGUCCCGCCUGGUCCUCUUCAUCCGGCAGCAGAGCAGCGGAGGGGGGGUGUCCCCCCCGUCGGGCUCGGAGACGACCCCGGCGUCCCCCCGGGGGGGCCCCAGCCCGCUGUCCCUGGACAGCCCCGUGCACGCGGCCCCUGAGGCCGGGGAGCUGGAGACGGGGUACCUGGCCUACCUGCGGGACGCGCGCCGGGGCAUCGAGCUCUGCUCCUGGGGCUGCCGCGACUGGUCCGCCCCCUACGACGGGGAAGACCCCUCCCCCGGCUCCGUCCCGCCCCCGGCGCCUCCUCCCCCGCCCGUCGCCGCGGAGACCCUCGGGGCUAACGGAGAGGCGGGCGCGGACUCCGGCCAGCAGAGGGCGGCGGUGGUGGCGGCGGCGCGCUCGGAGUGGGGCAGCUCGGACCGGGACAGCGGCGAGUGGGACAUCACCAUCAGCAAGAACUGCAUCAGCCUCACGCCCCGCACCAAGAAGCGCAGCCUGCAGCGGGAGGCGCCCCUCCUCAAACACGCGCCCCAGCCCCGCCCCUGCCCCCUCCCGCCCUCCUCGCAGCUGCCCCACCCCGCAGCGGGGCCCCAGGGACCGCAGGCGGCGCUUUACAACGGGGCGGGGCAGGGAGGGCCGUGUGCGGACGUGCAGGAGGCGGAGUCGGAGGUGAAGAAGGUGAAGAGGGACUCUGGAGGCGAUCCGCCCCCUGGGGAGGCGGGGCUGAACGGAGGGGUCGUGGGGCGGCCCCCGGGCGGCCCGCCCACGUCUGGGGCGAAGCAGCAGGGCUGGGCGGUUCAGGGGGGUCAGGGCCAGCCCGCCACGCCCUUACCAAACGCCAGCGAGGCCCCGGAGCCCGCCCCGAAACCAAAUUCGGCUCCGAACGCGCGGGUGGGGCCUGCGGAGCCGCCAGCGCCGAGCCUGGGGCUGGAGUCGGUGGAGAGCCUGAUCGAGGAGCUCCUGGAGCGGGCGCCCGCGGGCCCGCUGGCCGGUGACCCGGGCGUCCAGGGCAUCAGCAUCGAGGCCUUCCACCAGGAGCUGCGCGAGCUGGAGGACCGCGUGCGGGAGAGGAGGGGGGCGGAGGACGCCGCCGCCAGGGACCCCCCUGUCCCCACCCCCGGCCCCGGCCCCGACCCCACCCCCGCGGACGACCGCCCCCCGUCGCCGCCGGACUCUGACCUCAGCGCGGCCGAACCCAAAGCGGAGAGCUCGGCGCCGGGCGUGUUGAGCCCCGCCCAUCCCCUGACACAGCCCGCCUCUCAGCCUUACACAGGACCCUUCGUGGCUGUGCUGUUUGCCAAGCUGGAGUGCAUGCUGCAGAACUCUCUGUACGUCAACAUCCUGCUGACCGGCAUCCUGGCCCAGCUGGCCUGCUACCCCCAGCCCCUGCUCCGCUCCUUCCUCCUCAACACCAACAUGGUCUUCCAGCCCAGCGUCAAAUCGCUCAUCCAGGUUCUGGGGUCGGUGAAGAACCGCAUCGAGGCGUUUGCCGCCACGCAGGAGGAUUUCCCGGCCAUGCUGCGGAAGGCCCGGCGGUACCUGACGGCUCGCGGGAAGCUGGACUGGGGCGACUCGCCAGUGGGCGUGCCCAACCUCCGCCGCUCCGACUCGCUGGUGAAGAGCCGGAAGCCAUCGUUGGGGGACCUGCUCCUCCGCCACACCCAGAGCCCCACGCGGGCGCGGCAGGCAGCGCAGCUGGCCCUGGCUCACGUGCGGGACGGCAGCCAAUCCCUGCACAGCGCGCUGUUCCGGGGCGAAGCCGGGGGCGGGGCCUCGGGAGUGGAGAAGCAGGCGGAGGCCCUGCGGGUGAAGAACGCGGUGUAUAGCGCCGUGGUCUUCUCAGAGUUCCUGAAGGAGCUGGCCGCCCUGGCACAGGAACACGCCGUCGCAAUGCCUUUCCCCCGCAGCCAGGGGGCAGAAGAGUGACUGCCAGGGAGCACCGCAGAGCCGUCCAAAUCCUCCUUUGUAAAAACUCUGUAAUAAGUGCGUGUUAGGGAGCACUGUACAGCUUUAGGAAAUUGUGCAUAUAUAUAAAUAUAUAUAUAUAUAUACAUAUGUAUAUAAUAUUUAUGUGUACAUACAUUUACAAGAGGCUCAGUGACAUCCAGGUUUGGAAGAGGGGCCUGUGGCUCCAUGUUGGGUUAUGACCUAACGAGUCCACACAGUACAGUACUGGCUAUUUGCGUAGUUGUAUAUGCAGGCACAAACUGACCUGAGGUUAUGAGGUGAAUGGGGUGAGCUUAUCCCAGCAGGCACGCUCGGACAGUGCUAAGUGAGAGUUUAUGGGAGAUGGAGUCCAGCCAACACUCUCAGAAAUUGCAUGGGUGUGUGAGUGUUUAUGGGAGAUGGAGUCCAGCAGACCAUCUCAGAAAUUGCAUGGGUGUGUGAGUGUUUAUGGGAGAUGGAGUCCAGCAGACACUCUCAGAAAUUGCGUGGGUGUGUGAGUGUUUAUGGGAGAUGGAGUCCAGCAGACACUCUCAGAAAUUGCAUAGGUGUGUGAGUGUUUAUGGGAGAUGGAGUUCAGCAGACACUCUCAGAAAUUAGUAGCAGGUCCUCCAUGACGAGACACCUGGGUGACCACUCGGUUUUAUUUCAGUAUGUCACUUUUUAAAUCACUUUUUAAAUUGCUCUUAUGAUUUCAAAUGUGAAAUUUUAACUUGUAUCAAUAUCAAGAGGAGGCACAGUCUGACUGCUGGUGAUCUGUUUGUAGUCUUUAAACAGUCCGGUGCCCAGUGCCAGAAUGCAGGUUUGCCUGAUGGUUUAUGGUGUGAAGCAGUACAGGGUGCCUGGACUUGUGAGGAAGGCGGAUUCCCAGCUGGUGUUUGAGAAGAGAAGCUGGGGGAGGGCACUGCUAUGGCAUCAGUUAAAACUGCUCCAGGUCCAGUGUUUAGCCUUUUCCUUCUCUUUGAGCGCAAGCCAAAAUCUGCCUGACGGUAAUUUCGAGGGUACAGGCACGACACCUUAAAUAAUUUAAUUCACAUUUUAAUUGGAUAAUUAAAUAGUGCCAGUGCCACAGGCACUAAAAAGCCAAAUCUGAAAAUGGGUCUCGGUCGAAAAUGUAUCUCAAUGUAGUCUCAUGAAGACUGACAGAAUUUAGAACUGAAGAGACAUUUCAGCUCUGAUAAUUCUAGGAAUACAAGACUGCUGCUUAUAAGGUGGGGCUAGUUCACUGCAAGUCAUAUUGUAAGGCAUGAAUAGAUUGUUAAAAACUGCUUGCACUCCAACCAUCAGAGAAUACGAGGAAACCAAGAGAGUUUAUUUGGAUAUGUCUGAUAAAUAUGUCUGAGCAGCCUCCGCUCGUACAAAAAAAAUUCCAAGUUGCAAAAUGGCUUUUUGAACUUUGCACUUUGACUUUUUUUGUCUGCCGUUAAGCUCAGACAUAUUUUCAUUUCUGUGUGUCCUCGUAGUUCUUUUUUCAUGGUUUGAAUGUGAGCAGUUAUUUAAAAAAAUUUUAAAAAAUGAAAUAAUUUUAAACCUAUUUAUUUUUGGCACACGCACCAACCAGAUACUGUCUACUAGUUGCCUAGUUACAGACCCUUUUCUUAAUCUUAUGACAGCGCACAGCGAGGGGGGGUAAACUAAUCCACCACCCCCUUUAUAAAUCUGGACCGGUAUCGCCUGUUAACUGGUAUCAACUACUAGGUGAUACCAGUUGGUAAAAUCCUCAAAAUCCUGCCCCAGACUUCUGUAACACUUCUGUAGCACUUUAGGGCUGAUAGUGUUGCAAAUUUACACAAGUGCUGGGAGCACCAGCAGUUUCCUGACAGUGUAGUGGAAAAAUGUAGAUUUUUGAUGGAGUGAAGUGCACAAAGAUUGCUGCUUGUGUCGUGCCAACCUCAGGCUUGCGUGUUUUCGGACAUGUAAAGUCUGUCUGUUCAGCAGUUUCCAGUAGAGAACACAAAAUUGGUUCGCAGCAGUUUCCCAUGCAGACUUUCGUUUCAGUCCGUUCCCCUAAAUUUCGCUCUGCCGUAUCCAGUCUCGACUUCGUAGCAUCACGUUUUUAAGUUCGGCUUUGGUUUUCUCCACCGCUCCCAGCUUCCCUGUCUGUGAGAUACUGAGCUGCAGUUUGAUUCUCCUCCUGUCCCUUUGAAAGCAGCCUCUGCCGGUCCCUCCCACGUACUCCAAAAAUGAGUCAGGCAUCCGUUAGCGCGGAUGGGCGCUCCAGCUGUCACCCCGACUGCGUCGCCGUCGGCUGCAUUCCCAUUAGCACAAGCGUGUGCGUUUCCUGUGUGCAGCAGCCUGGGGUUCGGGUUGUGUAGAUCCCACUCUCAAUGGCGCUGUCACUCCGCUGCCACUGGAACUCCAACUCCCAUGAGCCCCCACUGGUGCUGAAUAAAGCGGAUUGUGACGUUGGAGCGUGCGGUCCAGACAAGGUGGCGCCAUCUCUUCCUCACUCAAAUAUGCCCAGGUCUGUCUGCUGUCCCUCAUAGAGUCACUGAAAGAGAAAAGUGUCACUGUCCUUAAUGCACUGGUGCAGUGUUACUGUGUCAGAUUUAGUCUUUGUCUUCAUUGAGAAUUACUUUGUGCCAGGACCCUCUGUAAAUCAGCCAAUCAGAAUAUGGAUAUAUUGGAAAAUACCCAUGUAACUGCAAUCAGAGUUUUGCAGAGUUUUUUUUACAUUUUUUUAUUUGAGGGAGAAACGUUUUUGUACCAUAGCCGUUCAGUGUUUUCAUUGAUUUAUUCUUUUUUUUUUUUUUUUUACUUUUGAAAAGCCAUAUAAGUGUCAGUUUUAUUUUUUGUGUCUUAAACAAAGUUGAAUUAAUUUUUAGUUUCCUUUUACUGCAUUUUGCCUGAGUGUUUUCUAAUGCAAAACAUUUUAACCAAAAAAACCUGCCUAAGCAACAGUGGUGUGUUAGUGGGGAUUUACUUACAAUUUUUAUUUUUUGCCGAGUCAUCUUUUGAGAGAAAGGGAAAGAGAUGAGCCUCCAGAACAACCUGCCUCUACAGGAUGGAGGGAGAGAGAAACGGGGAAGGAGGAGUGUGCCUUCAUAAGCUCCCUCUCGCCGUCACUCCGUCCCACCCCCAGAGGGUAAUCCCCCUUGUUUUUAGCUUUGGGGGGGCUGGUUCGAGCACAGUGAGCAGUUCAGUUAUACAACUCAUCGCGGUCCGAUCCGGCUCCGAUUUAUGAGGAUGAUUUCCUUUGUGUUUCGUUAAAGUUUGUACAUUGCUUUUGAAUGUCCCCUCAGUGCCAGACGUUGUUUUUAAUUGGUUUUCGUGUAUCGCAUGUUAUUUAACUAGCAGUGUUGUACUGAAAGGAAAGAGGUUGUUAGCAUGGCAAUCGGUACCAUCCGGUCCGGAAACAGUGUUCUCGCUAUUACACAGGUACACCGCGGGCCUCCCCUUAGCCUGUAGUCCACGUCCAGCCCUGACCGGUCGGUCACCUUCAGCUGCAGUUUGUCAAACAGUGCGGGUGCUAGCAAACAGAAUAAGAGCUCUUUUAUCCGUCACUUAAAUUGACGGCAAGAGGUGACGAUUGUUUGUGAGAACGUGGGGUGAACAUCACGGUUAAAGAGGGCUGCUGGGCUUCUGGACUACUGUGUUAUUUUGGUCCCGUACCAGAGAAGACCCACAGUCAAUACUGUUCCUUUAUAAAUGGUAAUAAUUAUAAUUCUUGUGUACAUAGAAUUGUAUUGUAUUAAAAAAAAGACCGAAGUCCUGAUUUUCACAUUGUGUGAAUGGUGCCAUCAAACAGGCUUCUCUCAGGGUGUCUCUGUCUACCUGGCCACAUUACCUGGAUACCCUUUCACCUGGCCAGCUUACCUGGAUACCCUUUCACCUGGCCAGCUUACCUGGAUACUCUCUCAGCUGGCUAUCUUACCUGGAUACUCUCUCAGCUGGCUAUCUUACCUGGCCACUUCAUCUGGAUACUGUUUUAGCUGACCAUCUUACCUGAGUACCCCUUUAGCUGGCCACCGUAUGUGGAUACCAAUUUAUCUGUAACAGCCUAUUACCCCCAACCCCCCCCCCCCCCCCCCCCCCCCGCCCCAUUCACUGUAAUAUCGUGGUGCCCUGUCACGCCCUUCCCUGUUUUGUAGUUAUGCUCUACCCCUACUACCCCUAACUGUCUUACUGUGCCGCCCCUGUGGACAGUGGGCAGGUCAGAGCAGCUCUGUAUGCUCCCUCUUUGGCCCCCGCCGCGCUCACCGGGCUCCUUCCUGAUCCGCUCCGGGGUCUGUCGGCACUGCCAUACUGUAAAUACCCUCAUGGUCAGUCGCAUUUUUCCCAGCAUCCCUCGCUGGGCCCAUCAUAGGAAAACUCAAGUCCGAAGCAUCAGGUAGACUAUCUGUGUUUGUAUCUUGUGUGGGGGGAAAAUGAAAAUGGUAUGUAAAAUAGUAUCUGUUAAGCCACUAUGUACUGUACAUUUUACUGCACAGAAAUGCAACAAACACAGACGUUACAACGAGCAUUUAUAACCAGGGGAUGUCUGCAGCUCCACGGUUAAAUCUUUGAAUAUCUUUAAGUGGGGGUGGCAGAGAAACCUUGAAAAAGCUGAAGCAUGCCUCACUCAGGCAAAUUGUCUGAUUGGCUGGCUGAAUACUGAUUCUGUUUUGUUUUUUUGUUUUUUUUUUCUUUAACAAGAAAAUGUCUCCUCUGGAAUCUAUGCAACAGCUUUUGUUCUCCACCUGUGUUGAUAUGUGGAUAGACAGACUGGAACCUGUAAAUAAUGUACAAGCAGAACUGAUUAAAAAAAGACCAUGGGAGAUGUAGUCUACAGAACUAAAUGGAACCCACAAAAUAUUAUGAAUGUUAGAAAUAUUUUUAUAUAUUUAAAACAACAAAAAUAAUGUGGGGACAAAGCUGUGAGAAGCAUUAAAGGGAAUGUUUUUAUUAAUUUAUAAAUGUUUGAAUUAGCAAUA